AUGGCUGUUUCCUGGGAUAAACCGCAACACACCAAUCUUACGCUAUGGGAUAUUGAUCGAGAAUUCCAAGAUGCUCAUGAGGCGUACGAGCAAUGGCAAGCACGCCACCGUCGCUCGCGGUCUAAGUGGGCGUGUUUGGGCACGAAGAACCGGGACGAUGCUGUUGGCAAAGCUCUGAGCCUGGGGCGGCAGGUUCAAAGAAUCAUGGAGCAGGGCAAGCAAAGAUUUGGAACACGGUUCGAGGAAGGAGACACAAAAUGCCACACAAUCCUCUCAGCGCAACUCUUGCGAAUCCAAUACGAAAUCAGACAGCCACUUUACGAAAGCGUUUUCUCCUCAACACCAAUAAUACCCAUCGACGACAUAAUUACGAUCGCUAAAAGCACCCGUCGCGCCUGUCUUACUGCCCUGCGCGAGCAAUACGCACGUCUCGAAUCGCCCAUCCUAUCUCCCAUUCUGCCUCCCCCGCGCUUCAAAGUGGAGUUCUGUCCGUUCGCAGACAAACUUCGGAAGGAUCUCAAGGAAUCCAAGGCGAGCACAUUGCGAGCGAAGAAGGCCUCACCCCACGAUAAAUACGAUGACCGAGAGAUCUGUCCAGAAUGCGAUGCGUGCAUCUCCGUCGCUUCCCACUCUGGACUUCCUGCGUAUAGAUGUAUACUCUUCACCUCGCAUAUUGCGCUAGACCCAAUGGCGACCGACGAUAAAGCAACCUUCGCAUGCAACAGCUGUUACAAGACCUUCGACGACUCAUACGCUUUCCUCGAUCAUUUCUUCCAAAAGCAAAUUGGCAGUGAGAGAAGCUGUUUGCGCCUCUCCGUGCAAAGGAGCUCAAGCUGGUUCUUGAACGAGCAGUUCCUAGAGAGCGAUCCUUCGGUUGUUGAGCAGUGCUUGAAGAAUUGCAUGGCAAGAGAAACUAUGCGGGGCAGGGGUCAUAAAAAGAUGAGGAGUCAGAUUACUAUACGACAAGUACACUCUAGGGAAAGCGGUUGA